AUGAAUUAUUUGGCUAUUUUUUGUCUUGUACUCAUUUCAAUAACCACAACAAAUGGAUUUCUCUUUGGUGGUGGUGGUGGCGGUGGAUGUGGAUGCGGUUGUAUGCCAUCACUUCCUAAACCAGAAAUGACAUGUAUGUCAAUUCCUGCAUUUGUAAUACCAAUUCCAAGUUGUCCACAACCAACUUGUUGUUCAUCACCAUGUGGAGGUAAACGUAAAAGAAGAUCAAUUCUUAGCAAAAAAUGGGCUAAUGAAAGAUGUACUGAUCCAGCUCUACGAAAACUUAUCCUUACUAAUAUGCAUGAGGAAUCAACAAAAGCUCAAGAAAAUGUUUAUGAAGCAACAAAAUCAUACUUUAAUGAAACAGAUGAUUUUAUUGUAUCAUGUGGUCCAAGUAAAGAUUUCUACUUUACAACAUCAUUAAGUACAUUCUGUGUUGAUGGAUCAGAAAAAUUAACAUGUUCAAUUUUUAAAUAUGAUUAA